CUUUACGUAGCCCUCGACGUCAGCUACGUACAGGAAACAGCUGACAUCCGCUAAUAGGAGAGCGAAACAGAAACUGCAUUAUUUUAUAAUAGGGCAAAUCCUGCACCAGUAUGAGUAAUGGAGAAUCCCAGUACAUCCAAAGUGGUUCUGCUGGCCUGCGGCUCCUUCAACCCCAUCACUAACAUGCACCUGAGGAUGUUUGAGCUGGCCAGAGAUCACCUGGAAGACACAGGUCAGUACAGUGUCAUAAAAGGAAUCAUCUCCCCGGUGGGCGAUGCCUAUAAGAAGAAGGGUUUGAUUGAGGCCAGCCACCGGGUGGAGAUGGCCAGACUGGCCACAGAAAGCUCAGAGUGGAUCACAGUGGACUCCUGGGAGAGCCAGCAGUCAGACUGGGUGGAGACGGCUAAAGUUAUCCGGCAUCACUAUGAAGAGCUGUCGCUAGAGAACAUAACAGGGACAACUGUGGACACCGUCAAGUAUACGAAGAAGAGACGUAUAGAGGAGAAUUAUAUAGCGAGUUCAGUUCAUCACAGGAAAAGAGAUGGCCCUCAGCUGAUGCUGCUGUGUGGAGCAGACGUCCUCGAAUCCUUUGGAAUCCCCAAUCUGUGGAAGCAGGAGGACGUCGCGGAGAUCGUGGGUCGGUACGGGCUGGUUUGCAUCACCCGCAGCGGCGGCGACCCACACAAGUUCAUCAACCAGUCGGACGAGCUGUGGAAGUAUCGCAAGAACAUUCACAUCGUCCACGAAUGGGUGAUGAACGAUAUCUCAGCGACUCACGUGCGCCGGGCGCUGCGUCGAGGCCGAAGCGUCAGAUACCUGCUGCCCGAGAGCGUCAUCCACUACAUUCAGGAACACGGCCUCUACAGCGCCGAGAGCGAGCAGAAAAACGCUGAUGUGGUUCUGGCACCUUUUCAGAAAUACUCUGAUGCCUCUACAAGCGGAUAGCUUACUGACAUGUAUAUGAAAAGACAGAAACCGGUUGUGAAGCUGAAACAAGUCGCACAUUUUAUUGAUGCUCUCAAUAGUGCCUGCUCCACAGAUUGUAGUAAUUGAAUAAUUAUAGUUUCAUUUUUGCAUUGUCAAAUAAAGCAGCUGAGCUAAGGUUCAACUACAAAUAAACAGUUUUAUACUUUUGAUAUUUUGUACAAAAAUUGAUCCGAUAAUUUUUAUUGAAUAAAAAUAUACUUGAAUGAUUCUGACACUGCUUUAACUCUGUCACCUCAUAUAUUUUCACUCAUGAACUGGAACUUUCCAUCUGCACUCCCCCUUCCCCUUUUAAGAAGCCAAAGUCUCUCUGGAAACACUUUUUGUUGGACUAAGCAAUUUGUGCCACAUUAAUAAUAAACAGGUUUCUUUAAUUUU